UUAUUGAUAAACAUUUUGUUACUAUUGAAAAAAAAAUAUUAAUAGUAAAUAAUAGCAACACUAAGUGCAAAGUCAAAACUUUUUUUUUAAUUCUUCGAAGUUACGGUGUCACUUUGUGAAGAUCACAAUGGGGCGCCGGCCAGCAAGAUGUUAUCGCUACUGUAAAAACAAACCGUACCCAAAGUCCCGGUUUUGUCGUGGUGUACCGGAUCCUAAAAUCCGUAUCUUCGACUUGGGUAAGAAGAAGGCGACAGUGGACGACUUUCCACUAUGCGUUCACUUAGUGUCCGAUGAAUACGAACAGCUGAGUUCGGAAGCCUUGGAGGCAGGCCGUAUUUGCUGCAACAAGUACCUCGUGAAGAACUGUGGCAAAGAUCAAUUCCACAUCCGCAUGAGGCUUCACCCAUUCCAUGUCAUUCGCAUCAAUAAAAUGUUAUCGUGCGCUGGAGCUGAUAGGCUCCAGACAGGAAUGCGUGGUGCGUUCGGUAAGCCGCAAGGCACAGUGGCGCGCGUGCACAUCGGCCAGCCCAUCAUGUCGGUGCGCUCCAGUGACCGUUGGAAGGCGCAGGUGAUUGAAGCUCUGCGUCGUGCCAAGUUCAAGUUCCCUGGUCGUCAGAAGAUCUACGUCUCUAAAAAGUGGGGUUUCACAAAAUAUGACCGCGAUGAGUUCGAGAAGCUCCGUGAGGAAGGCCGUUUGGCCAACGACGGUUGCAAUGUAAGGUACCGUCCAGAACACGGCCCCCUCGACACUUGGAAGAAGGUCCAAGCUGAAAUCCUCAGUGUUUAAUACUGGACUAUGAACCAAUAAAGUGUAAAAUUUU